UAAUCAAAAGUGACUCACCUUCACAUGAUGAACGUCAGCCGACCGGCGGUUCGUCCGGUAAUUGCAGUCCCGGUGGGUCCGACUGGCGGAGCCAACGAUAGACCGCCAGUGAGAAUGAAGGAUAUUCAGGGCAUGCCAGGAACCACAGGCGGCCUCAUCCUCCGCCUCUCCCAGUUCGUCCCCGCUCUCAUCUCCCUCUCCGUCAUGCUCACCACCCCCGACUUCCACUCCUCCACCGCAUUCCGGGGUUUGGUUUUCGCGGUUGGCCUGCAAAGCCUGUGGAGCUUGUCUCUUCUUAUCAUCGACGCUUAUGCUCUUCUGGUGGGAAGAAGCCUCAGGAAUCACUUAGUCGUUAAAUGUUUCACAAUUGGAGAUGGAAUCACAUGCAUACUUACGUUUGCAGCUGCAUCUGCUUCUGCUGGCAUAACCGUACUAUUCAGCGAUCUGGACAAAUGUGACGUCAAACACUGCACAAGGUUCGAGACCGCCACGGCAAUGGCCUUCAUCAGCUGGUUUGCUGUGUCUCCUUCCUUCUUUCUCGACUUCUGGUCCUUAGCCACCCACUAA